AUGCAUCUCUCUCUCCUCUCCGCCAGCCUGCUGGCCGCGCCGCUCGCGGCCGCACUGCCCGCCGUGCUUCCAGCGCCGCUGCUUGCCGCUCGCGCAAGCAACGACUCGUCGCCCUACGACACCAAGCCCCUCGUGCCGGCCGUGAAGCUGGGCGCCGGCGCCGACCCCAGCACCGCGAGCCGCAACCGCACCAUUGGCCACUUCCCGCGCCCGGCCGAGUUCGUCGAGAAGCCGACGUACGCCACGUUCAGCGCCUUCGAUUAUCAGAGCAUCGCAUUGGGCGUGCACCAGGAGUACAUCGAGCUCGACUACUUCAGCAACGGCCUGGCGCGCUUCACCGACGCGCAGCUCGCCGAGGCCGGCCUCGAUGCCGAGCUCAAGAGCCUCAUCGAGUUCUUCGCCAAGCAGGAGGUCGGCCAUGCGCUCGUGCUCAGCAACAUGCUCGGCGAGUCUGCUCCCAAGCCGUGCAACUACAAGUACCCCUUCUCGACGCCGCGCCAGUUCAUCGACGUCAACGUCGACAUUACGCGCUUCGGCGAGGACGGCGUGCUGGGCUUCCUGCCCUCGCUCGACAACCGCGCCGUGGCGCAGAUCCUGCUGCAGAGCAUCACGACCGAGUCGCGCCAGCAGCUGCAGUUCCGCCAGCUGCUCGGCCUGCCCAGCAUGGUCGAGAGCUUCGAGACGGGCCUUCCGCAAACGUGGGCCUGGACGCUGCUCUCGGAGUACAUCGAGAGCUGCCCGGCCAGCAAUGCGCCCGUGCAGUGGGACAUCUACCCGCAGCUGCGCAUCGGCAACGACCCCAACCAGACGGCGCUCACCAGCGGGCCCGCCAUCUACACCAACGUCACGGCGCUCUCGGCGCCGGGCCGCAGCAUCGAGCUGAGCUGGGAUGAGCCGGGCAAGACCGCGGGCCCGUACAACCAGACGACCUACAAGCCCGCCAACGGCACGGCCAAGUACGCCGCCUUCGUGUCGCAGUACAACGUCACCUACGUGCCGCUCGCCGACCUCGACGGCAGCAGCAGCAACAAGAGCGCCACGGCCACGCAGCCCGGCGGCAUCGUGCUCCCGCAGCUCACGACGACGGAGAUCUUCAACAACACCAUCUACAUUGCCAUCACCGACGACAACCCGUUCCUCACGCCGCUCAACCUGAGCCUCAUCAACGCCCACGUUGUUGCCGGCCCGGCGCUGUACCACUCGGGCUAG